AACGGACAGCAACAAAGGAUGCUGGACGUAUUGCUGGUUUAGAAAUUCUUAGAAUAAUCAAUGAACCCACUGCUGCCUCAUUAGCAUAUGGGUUUGAAAAGAAGAACAAUGAGACCCUCUUGGUAUUUGACCUCGGUGGUGUUACUUUUGAUGUUUCAGAGAAUUGUCGAUUGGCUUGCUACAAACUUCAAGAGAGAUGAAGGUAUAGAUCUUUUGAAGGAUAAACAAGCUCUUCAGCGACUAACGGAGACAGUUGAGAAAGCUAAGAUGGAGCUUUCAACUUUAACCCAGACAAGCAUUUGUUUGCCUUUCAUUACUGCCACUGCAGAUGGCCACAAGCAUAUUGAAACCACCAUCACUAGGGCCAAGUUUGAGGAAUUGUGUUCUAACCUUCUUGACUGGCUUAGAACACCAGUUGAAAAUUCCUUGAGGGAUGCUAAACUCUCCUUCAAAGAUCUAGAUGAAGUGAUCCUUGUUGGAGGAUCAACUCAAAUUCCAGCUGUUCAGGAGCUUGUGAAGAAGUUGACUGGGAAAGAUCCCAAUGUGACAGUAAAUCCUGAUGAAGUUGUUGCCCUAGGGGCUGCAGUUCAGGUUGGUGUUUUAGCUGGGGAUGUCAGUGAUAUCGUGCUUUUGGAUGUUUCACCGUUGUCACUGGGUCUAGAAACCCUCGGUGGUGUGAUGACGAAGAUCAUCCCAAGAAAUACUACCCUGCCAACAUCCAAGUUCGAGGUGUUUUCUACAGCUGCAGAUGGGCAGACCUGUGUCGAGAUUAGUGUUCUCCAAGGCCAGCGAGAGUUUGUUAGGGACAACAAAUCUCUUGGUAGCUUCCGUCUGGAUGGUAUCCCACCUGCACCUCGUGGGGUUCCUCAAAUUGAAGUAAGAUUUGACAUUGAUGCCAAUGGUAUCCUCUCAGUCACUACGGUUGACAAGGGCACAGGGAAGAAGCAAGACAUAACAAUUACUGGUGCUAGCACCUUACCCAGUGAUGAGGUGGAGAGAAUGGUCAAGGAGGUGGAGAAGUUUUCAAAGGAGGACAAGGAAAGGAGAGAUGCGAUUGACACUAAGAACAAAGCUGAUUUUGUUGUAUACCAGACAGAGAAGCAACUCAAGGAGCUGGGAGAUAAGGUUCCAGGCCCAGUGAAAGAGAAGGUGGAGGCAAAACUUGGAGAGCUCAAGGAUGCAAUUUCAGGGGGUUCCACCCAAACCAUUAAGGAAGCUAUGGCGGCCCUAAAUCAAGAAGUCAUGCAGCUUGGCCAGUCCCUUUACAAUCAACCAGGUGCUCCUGGUGCAGGUGCUGGUCCUGGGCCGGCACUUGGUGGUGAAUCCGGGCCUUCAGAACCAUCUGGCAAGGGGCCUGAUGGAGAUGUUAUCGAUGCAUAUUUCACUGACAGCAAGUGAGAACAAAAAUUGGAUUUUUUUGGCCGCUCGUCGCUUAUUCUUUGCUAAUGUGUAUAAGAAUUGAUUUUGCGGGGAUUGGAUUAACUUGGUCAGGGUUACAGUCUUAUUUUGCCUUCCGAGGAAAAGAAUACAAUUGAAAAUAGAGAUAAAAGACUAUUUAAAGUUCCCUCAGUAGCAAAAUCUUGGGGCAAUUGCCACUUUUUGAAGAAAUAUUCAUAAAUGCAACAUGACGGAUUUUGAGGGAAGAAAUUGUCAUUCAUUUUUUCUCAUUGAUGAUUCUGUCGAUGAUUAUCAUGUAUAUAUAGAGGGGAGAAUUGCACAGGA